GUUUUCGUAGAGUGAAGAUAGCAGGCUAGUAGGAGAUUUUCGUUAUCGAAAUCGGCUUACGCAAGUAGUGUGGAGUAGUCUUUUUUACCGCUGCAGUGGGGUUACAUUCAUUCAUUCCUCACAUCUACAUAUCUCGCAAAAACGAAGGAAAUUUCCAAGGCCCGCGGAUUAUCGGAGGACCGAAGAAGGGCAGACGGAAAUCGGGACUUGGUAAUCUUCGUUUUUUUGAGAUAUGUAGCCGUGCGCAGAUAUUGUUCGAUUCUAAAUCUCGAGAUCAUUGCAGCAUGUCUUACCUGGGAAUAUAUUUCUCCGGGCAGUGAGAAAAGACUCAGGUAGCUCGGCAUCAUUUCACUAGAUGAUUGUGUAGAAGAGGAAUGAAUUGAACAUGUACACCAAGACGUCGAGCAAGAGAAAAGCAGGACGAAAUAUUUCCUCACGUUCGUAAACAACGACACACGGACCGACUCCGCAAAAGACGCACGUGGUGGUGGAUGGUCAUCUGUCAGAGCAACGAGAUUUCAACUUGAAAAGAUUCCACUUGCGACACAUAUUAGCUCAGCUAAAGCGCGCAAUAGCUAGCACUCCUCGGAAUUCCUUGUUCUCUGUAAAAGGAAGAUUUGUGAGUGGUCUUCUUCUAUCUGUAUACAGCGGUGCAAUAAUUCAAUUCAUCUGGAACACGCAACUUCUUCUCCCCAAACAGGAGUGUCGCAGUGGAGCACCAAUUAUUCAGUUCUGGGAAUACAUAGAUCAACAUCUUGUAUCAGCAUCGACUGCUCUUCCCCGUGGUACGCGUAAAAAGACGCACAUCAAGACCAGCGCCAUACCUCUCCGAAAAAAUAUACAUCAUGGGUAACACUAGCAGCAACACCGAGGAAAGUCAGCGGAAAAAUGAAGAAGUAGGACUACUUAGUAAUACUGACUUCGCGGGCGCGGAGGUCAUGGAUAAGGAUAUCGCUAAUUCAGCAAGAACUCUCAUCGAGGACAUUGACGACGCGAUUGAAGAAACUGGUAUUUACACGAGGCUACUAACACCUAGGGUGGCUUCUAAGUGGCAUGAUGCUGAUCGAUUAUGAGGUAUAGUCUUGGGUUGCGAAGGAAGAGGAAUUCAAGCAAUUACUCAUGCCUGCCACCUCUAUUGUUGUAAGCGUAUUUUGUUGGACCAUUCGAACACAGACUGAUAAGUCACGCGUAGUCUUUCGGUGAGAAGCGCUUGAGUUUGAUACAGAUUGCGCCCACAGCCUGAGACUAACGGCCUCGGACUGGUUUGGUCCCUGGCUGAGGAUAUUCGUUGGGGUUGCAAGGGAGGAAGUCUCAGCUUCUUCAUUGGGGUACCAUAAUGGGGAAUGUUGCGCGUGCUUCAUAUGGGAACGCCUGCGCUAUCGUCAUUGACUUCGUACGAUCAUCCUACACCGUUGCCCAUCACUGGCCAGAACUGGCAACAGUAUGGACCUGGUUACAGCUAUGAACGUUGUUCGCUAUUUCUGCUAUCUGAAUACGUUGGGGGCCUUUUGUCUGUUGGUCGUUGAUUUUGGAACCGUAUGCGUUUAGGUCUGUGAGUUUCCUUGAGAUCUUUCUGGUGAUGCUUUGUCCUUGACUGUGUUGAGAGACUUGAAACGACAAACGAGAGAGAGGAGAAGCCAGAGACACCCGCGCGACGGUAAACCCGUCGGGCGUUGGGUGGUGCUCCGGUAACCUUUUGCCUGGCGAUCCUGGUCAUUGCAUUUCGUUGAUCUUUGUCCUUUGGAUCUUGGUGGAUCUUUGUGAUAUUUCCAGGGAUUACGAUCUUGACCAACACCCCUCCGCAAUCGUUGCGCGUCGAAGUCCUCUCUCUUCCGGUACCCCCGGAGGCCCGCCCUUUUCGCGCUCCUCUUAGUGAGCUGCGUUUAGGUGUGGGGUCGCCACAGACUACGCCCUGGGCGAUUGAAGGCUGGAGCCGUUGGCGAUGCUCCGCAAAACAGCCUCCCCCCCUUAGUAGUUAACCCCCUGCAGUAGCCCCAGUAGUUCUAGUAGCUUUCGCGCCGCUGUAGCUCUUCGUCCUCGUCGUCUUCUUCUUCAGGCUCCCAAUGGCUGCAGCUGGGACAUCCUCCCACUUUGCGCCGCGGGGUCUCCUGUCUGGCGUUUUUGGAAAACUUAAGGUGAGGCAAAUGGUGCCCCCAUCUGCCGUGUAGGUGUCCCCUGCUCUACCGGGGGGGGCAGACUAAAGACUAGCGCCUGGGGGUCUUGUCAGGGUGGUAGUUUGGCGCUGCUCUAGUCUGUUGGUGUCCCUCGUAAUUAUUAGUAGUGCGGAGCGGCUGCGGUGUGGAUGUGGUGCUUUUCGUUGCGGAGCGGAUGGCGCUGCGUUGCUUGGGGUUUUAGCGCCUCUAGUAGGCUGCUCCCUCCUGUUAAGGCUUUCCUGGAGUUAUGGCUGUUGGCGUAAUACGUAUAGCGCGACAGUGAGCGUUAUUGCUCUAUGUUGCUGCUCGCGUAUAGGUUGGGUGGCGCUACUGCUGAGCAUCAGGCAGUGUCUUGGCCUUCGGGUCUUGGCUUUUCUUCUUAUAGCGACAAAAGGUUGGGCGCUACUGCUGAGCAUCAGGCAGUGCCUUGAUCUUCGGGUCUUGGCUGUUGGCGAUAAAGGUUAGGCACUACUGCUGAGUAUCAGGCAGUUCCCCUGAGGCCCUAUGUCAUACUAAGCAUCUGACUCCCUACGGGUGGACGGGAUGCGACAUUUGGUCUCGUAGGUUUCGCUUUGGUCGCACAGCUUCGGUAGUGGUGGAAGAGCAAGCUUUUAUCCCUAGUCUCUGGACUACCACGGAGGCCAUAUCUCCUAACUAUCUGUCUACGGCUACGGUGUACUUGCCUAGAAACCAAAGCAAACCGAAUAUACUACGCUGUAGUAGGCUAAAUCAUCCUCAUCCGUUUCAUCAUCUGAGGAAUUGUUAGACCAAUAGCCCACCUAGUGCGAACACAGAUUAGACGCAACGCCAAACCGCACUAGUAACUUGUUGACUAUGAACUUCCAUGGGGAUUAGCCCGGUACUCUACAUAACCUGCAUGCAGUUAGGUUAAGUCGUGGCCGUUGUUGUUGUUGCUUGUUCUGCUGCUUACUAAGUACCUAGCGACUUCCUGAACCUUCUCACUCUUGGCCUUUCUCCUGGACCGUGCUACUCGGUUGAACUUCCUCACGGUGUGACUCCUAUCGUGUUGACUUUCUUCAUCCUGAUCAUCCUGGUGGUGAUCUUCCUGUUCUUCCUUAUCCUUGUGGUGAUCCUGAUCUUGAUCCUAAGAGGCGGAACGCGGGGAGGAUCUCGAUCACGUUGGUAUUCAGUAUAUCACAAGAUCCAUGAUCCCUACACUCCCCCUCCCGAGACCAAGUCCAUCAAUCAACCACACUGACUCCCAUCUCAACUCCCUCCCCGCCACUUAGUGGCAAACUUGACGCAAGAGCCUACAACUUCCCCCGAGUCAAAUGGCUACGCGAUCGGCCGUCGUCCCACUUUGUAAUCAGAGCUCUUCAUACUGUGUUACUACAACACCCACCACGUUUAAACAUGGCAAAAAUAUGCACGCGCGACCGUGUCCAGCUCUUUCGCAGCGUCCUCGUUAAAAAUAGAUAAAUACUUAUUUCCGCAGAGGGGCUCUGUGAGCGGGUCGGCGCGGUUCCUAUCAGUCGGCGCAUAGCGUAAACUCUGAACGUAGUCCCUAACGAAGUGAUGCCGUAAGUCAAUGCGCUUCGACCGCUUGGCUACUACGGUAGGGCACUCCUCGCAAGCGCUAAGGCGCUCUGACUGUCUGUAAAUACAGUCGGCAACUUCUCACCCUUGGCCUCUAGGAACCAACUCAAGAAACCCUGCCCAAGAGUAAUCUUUAUAGUGUCAUAGAUGGCAAUACACUCUGCCUCACGCGUACUUGUAGCUCUUACAGUCUGUCUUUUACUAGACCAGGCUAUCGGUACUCCUCGAAAGUAUAAAAUGCUUCCGCUGGUGCUUCUCAAGCUAACUGAACAACCAGCAGAGUCGGAGCCUGAGAAUGCUACAGCAUCACCCAGGCUCUUUCUGUUAGAUGCCAGCGCUUUGCUGUAAAUUUUCUUGAAGUUUUCUUCUAUUUCCGGAGAAUACUCAAGACCAACCUCUUUCGUCCCCUUCAAGUACUGAAGGAUCCUCUUCCCACGCUCUAUUGUUGCGUUCGUCGCUGUCGUCAUCUCGCGCGCUACUACCUGCACUGCGUAGACAGUGUCUGGGUGACACAUAGAAGCAAUGUACUGGAUGCUACCUACAAGGCUUCGAAUUGGAAGCGUUUCACUCUUAGGACUGUCCUCACCAUCACGCUUGUGAACAGUUGGCGACUUAACAGCGCGACAAUCUUUCAUGCGAAACUUUUCGAGUGCUCGCUCGAUAGCUUCCGACAUGUGGAUGCGCAUGUAGCGUCUUUUACCACAAUGCUCUAGAGUAGCCCCGAGAAGAUCCCGGGUUUCGAUGUCGUCCUUCAUCUUAGGGGGGAUUACCUUGCCAGGAAAGGCCACUAAGAUUCUCUGCAUCUCAGAUUUCACCAACACAGGACAGCGGCCCGCAGUAAUGUUAUCAUCGACAUACACUGAGAGCUUUAAAGUUUUACCGUCUACCACCUUCCUGAAUAGUCCAGGCUCCGUAGGGCACAUUUCCCACCCUAACUUUUCCAACCCUUGUCGAUAAGUGUCAAACCAUCUACGCGGGCUGAUGCGCAAGCCGUAGAGGCUCUUUACCAACCUAACCAGGUCACCCCUUGGGUCCUUGCUCCAGUGUUUUGGUAGUCUUGCAGUAGCUUUCUCGUCUCCUAAUGCUGCUGAGAUGAAUGCACUUUGAAUAUCGAAAGUCUCAGUGUGUGACUCCGAUGCUACGGCGUCGAUCAGUAGUGUGCGGUUAGCUGCAUGCGACACAGUAGGAGAGUAAACCUCGCCACGCAUGUCCUUUUUCUGUUUGUUCCCCAACGCUACAGGGCGGGCCUUGUAACGUCCACAGCGUUUGAUGGUGUAGAUAACUACACUAGGCACUGCUUCAUCUCCAUGCUGAUAGUCGCCGUCUUCCAAUGCUUUCCAGCACUGCCUCGCGAUGGGGUUUAGUCGUUCUUCGUUAUCUGCCUCAAUGAGCUUUAUCGCGUCCUCUCUUUCCAUUGCUUUCGCCCUAGUAAGUUGAACAUGGAAACACGAAACUUCCUCCCCUUCUUCAACUCAAGCUCACGCUUGUCGAAGGCCUCUGGAACGUCUCGGGCGAAAAAUACCUGAGCACCAUCACCAUCCACAGCCGCUGCCCAGGCAGCUGCUGCUUUCGCGUUUGCUUUCCGACGCCGUUGAUUGGGUUUCGGGCCCGGCUUCAACGACCCCGGCUUGUUCUUACUGCCCUUAGGUCUGCCACGUUUUCGGCGCACAUAUGUCACCCCGUCCUUGAUCUCAACCGCCGGAGGUUCUUGGUGCUCCUCCUGAGCCCUCUCCGGCUCAUUGAUCUCUUUUGGUCUAGUCUCUUCUGCAACACUAUUAGAAGCGUCGUUGUCCUUUUCAACACCCUCGACCACGAUUGCCUCCCUAUCCUGUUUCUCUUUUUCUUCUUUUUCUUUUGCUUCUUGAAUAUUUUCUCUUUGUUCUUCACUGUGUUCUUUUUCUUGAGGUGCCUCUUCACCGGACAACGAACCUCCCGUGUUCUGGGGAGCACUCUCCUCGGGCUGAUCAGGCUCAGAGGCGGCCACCGGAGAAUCUUGAGGCACAUCCGAAGCACACAGUGCGUCUGGCAACGAAUAGGGGACAAAAGUACCUUUUGAAAACUUUCGCAAGUCGUUGAUAUUGCUGACGAGGAUGCUCUCAUCAAACUUACAGCUGCGACUUUCGAUUACUGUGAACCGCAAGCCAGCCCUCGUUCUGUUAUCCUCAUGCCAUACCCCGACAAGGUAGCACGAGUUAACCGAGUAGCCCAAAAAGAUACCACGCUCGUAGCGCUCGUGUAAUUUUCCAAGACCUUCCGUGACAUGUGUUUUUGCGUAUGCUAAGCAGCCGAAACGCUUAAAAUAUUUUGUGCUAGGUUUUCUGUUAUGCCGUUUCUCGAAAGGCGACAACUUCCCCGGCUUCCGCGCUAGGCGUGCAUACACCCAAGCAACGUAGACCGCACAACGAGGCCACGUCUUCGAAUCAACUCCGAUCGUAUUGGCUCUAAUAGCGUUUUGAGACGUUUGGUUCCGCCUCUCAACCACCCCGUUUCUGUUGGGCGUGUAAGGCGCACUAUAAUCAGCUCGAAUUGAUGGACUUUGUCUCUCACAAAAUGCCCUCCAUUGUGAUUUCUCCCCUUUAAACUCUGGAGCACAAUCUGCGCGAGCAGCUUUCAUUUGUCCACUUCUGGCGCGCCACUUCUUCAAACAGUCGACACACUGCGACUUCUUCCCCACCGGAUAGCUUUCCGGCCAACCUGUGAACUCAUCAAUAGCACUACAACGCCAGAUCUCACCGUGUAGACCAGGUGGAUACGGACCCGCAAAAUCCCAAUCCACUUGAUCACUAAAAGCCGUAGGCUUGAGAUAUUCUGGCCGCUCUUUAGCUGCGCCGCUCUGUCUUGACUUACUGAGCAUACACUCUGCACAUGGUGGAUGCUUUAAGCCAUGGAUGUGGAAAUGACCGCGCCGCCUAUGCAGUUCUAAUCGUUCCGAUGCAGUCACAUUCUUCCAAGCUGGCGCUGUUUCUUCUUCAUAAUAUCCCUCCACUUCCAUGCAGACCAGCUCUCCCACAUCAUCACUCUGCCAAUCAUCAACAGAGUGCGGAGCCUGCUGGAACUCUAUAGGGACUGUUGGCAACUUUGUUCCGGUAUCCUUCCCCAGCCACCACUUUUCUCGACUGGUCUUAUUCUCUACAUAAGAUUCAUCAUCAAAGACAUUCCUCAUACCAUCUCCCACUAGUGUCCUGACACUCACCAAGAACAUAGUUAGAGCCGGGUGGUGUGUACCACUCUGCAACCCCAAACAGUUCCCAUGGGAGACCCCUCGAUAACCGACUUCGUCGAGUUUUCUGUCUGCGACAGUAAGCUUAAUAGGCUUCGCCCAGUCAAUGGACUUGAAGCAUUCUUGAUACCCCGCCAAGUGAUGACUCGCACCACUGUCAACCACCGCGCUUACUUUGCGGCCAACCGGUCCAGGUCCUUUACUUUUGGUCUGAAGUUCGUUAAAUUUAAUGCAUCCAUAUGAUAUGUCCGUCUUAGCAAUCACGUCACCCGAAGGUCUCUGAUGAUCUUUGUCUUCUUUUGUCUUGUUCUCUUCAGCUCUGACCACUUCACCCGACGGCCCCUCAUGAUCAGAAGACGCAACUUCUAAACACUUAGCUAACUCUCCUCUUCGUUUUUUCUUCAUGGUGUUCCCACCAUGCUCUUCGGCUUCUUCUCCUCUUUUUCGCUUUCCUUCUUGUGCUGCUUCGUUGUUCUUACCUUGUUGCAGCUUGUUACCGUUUGAAUUCAAAUUUUUGACUUUCGUACUCGUUGACUUCCCAUAAGAUUCCAAAUUUUUGCGCAUUUCCGUACUCCAUUGCUGCAGCGCUUUCCUGUGGUGCUUGUGUUUUUGGAGAGUAAUUUUGUUGCACUUGUAAAGGUGAACCACGAUAAGAAUGCAAAUAGUUCUUCUCUCUACUUUCAGGAUGCAAGUUGCUCUUUUCUUGUUGUUCUACUUCUGGUUGCAAGGUACUAGCGCUAUUGCUAGUGUAGUUGAAGUGUGCCGGGGCACUUUCUUCUUGUUGUUCUUCUUCCAGACGUUGGCCUUCUUCUCCGGCGACAUCUAGACGCUCUCCCUCGUCUUUUUCAUGCAGUCGAAGAUCUUCUUCUUCUUCGACUGCUAGGCGUCCUUCUCCGCCUAGUUCUCUUCCAUCCCCAGUGAUUUCUCACUGUUUUUCCUCUUUCUUCUUGUUCUUAGGGUUGAAGGGGCGCGCGACCUUUUCGUGCCCGUACUUUCCACAGCAGAAGCAUGCCUUCUGCACCGGCUUCCACCAAGAUUGCUCUUGGCCUUUUCCGCCUUUGCCGCUGUCCUGCUUCCCACCCUUUUUAGGGUCUUUGCCUUUUCCUUUCUUGCCCUUUCCUUUGCUCGUGCCUUUUGGUCGUACCCAACGGCCAUGCACACUGUAGCGCGCAUGCGCGUCUUCUUCUUUUCCACGGCUGUCCCGCUGUGCUUGCCAUUCUUCGGCAAGAACUCGCAGCUGAUCCAAAUCUACCGCCUUGCUGAGAAGUUUGGGCAUCAGAAAACCAACUAGUUCUUGUUCCAAGUUGCAAAACGUUCCGAGCAAAGUUAGUUCUUGCGUGGUAACUUGUCCACCAAGCUUGUUCUGAAGGAUGCUCUGCUUUCGAAUGAAGUACUGACGAAGACUUUCCUCCGGCUGGAUUUUGUCGAAAACCAGCUCCCUUAGACCGUUCAAGCGAGAAGCCUUGGCCUUCUUUUCGUACUCUGUUGCUAACGCUUUCACCGUACCCACCGGAUUUCGGUCUUCUGGCUUAGCCUGUAGUAGGAUUUGUUCCGCGUCACCCUGCAGGGCACUUCGAAGGCCACCAUACACACGGGCGGCCUGUUUCUUCUUUUCCUCAUCCCACAGACUGUCGCCCGCUGGCGUUUGUAAACUUCUCUGCAGAGCCUCCUUGAUUCCGAGUGACUCCAAAAUAUUUUGAAACUUGAUCUCGAAAGCCGACCAGUUUUCGUCUUUGCCGUCGAAGACUGGCAAAGUGGCGAAGUCCUUCCCUCCUGGCGUCGUCAUGUUUUCAAAAAAACACAAAAAAAAAUUUUAUCUAGUAGGGAAGAAAAAUUUUGCGUAAGGUUGUUUAGAGAUUGUUAGACCAAUAGCCCACCUAGUGCGAACGCAGAUUAGAUGCAACGCCAAGCCGCGCUAGUAACUUGUUGAUUAUGAACUUCCAUUGGGAUUAGCCCGGUACUCUACAUAACCUGCAUGCAGUUAGGUUAUGUCGUGGCUGUUGUUGUUGUUGUUGCUUGUUCUGCUGCUUACUAAGCACCUAGCUACUUCUUGAACCUUCUCACUCUUGACCUUUCUCCUGGACCGUGCUACUCGGUUGAACUUCCUCACGAUGUGACUCCUAUCGUGUUGACCUUCUUCAUCCUGAUCAUCCUGGUGGUGGUCUUCCUGCUCUUCCUUAUCCUUGUGGUGAUCCUGAUCUUGAUCCUAAGAGGCGGAACGCGGGGAGGAUCUCGAUCACGUUGGUACUCAGUAUAUCACAAGAUCCAUGAUCCCUACAGGAAUCACAAUCAUCAUACUUGGCUUUAAGUUAGUUGGACAGAAAAGCACCUUACUCGCCGCGUCACACACUCGCAAGUAGCGAAGUGCAUAAUGGCGACUCUUCGGGCGUGUGUCAGUUGCUUUAGCUGUUGUGGUCGCGGAUUGGUUGUCGAUCCAGACCGCAGCAUUGUCCAUUGAGGACAAUUGUGUCAGAAGAUGCAAUGUAUUCACUCUCAGCCGUAGAAUAGGCACGGACAGUUUGCCGAUUACUUCCCCAAGCGAUUGGAGCGCCUUGGAAAUACAUGAUCGGCCCACUUGUGCUUCUCAUAUUCUUCACGCAGUUGGCGAAUCUUGCAUCGCUAAAGAUGUUCACCUCUGGCAUAUCUCUGCCCUCAGGUAAUGGCUUUGAUUGAAUAGAUUCGAUUGGGCUCUUCCUCUUGUUCUGGUGGGUAUUCCAGUCUUUGUUCUCUCGUUGUCGCCAGAUACUUCAGCACUUUCCUGGCUGCUUUGGCCAUUCUUAUUGGCGUGGGCUUGCUGACAUGUCUAGCCAACGCCGCCACCGGUACAGAGAUGCCCGGGCGCGCGGUCACAGCUACCCAUAGCAAGGCACCAGCUACCUCAGGAAAGGGAUACCCCUCGACUAUCUUGGUCCCCUCCUCAAGAAAAGCCGACUCGUCAAAAUUGGGCGAGUAAACCGGAGGCCUGGCUUGGAUUUCAAGCCUCUUUUCGAUUUUAUCGAUGUGCUCUUCCAUAUUGAGUCGAAAAGUUCGAGCUUCACGGCAGUAGUACACGAUGGCACCUAAGGAGUCAAGUCGAACCUUCGCCACGCUUGACCCCAAGGGGUCGGAACGGGCUCCACAUCAAUCGCACGGCCAGGGGCACGCGAGAAGAUGGGCUCUAGUUCAGUCUUGAGCUCAUCGAGAUCGGGACCCGUUGCAAGAUUGUCACCCACAUAGACUGACAUCUUGGGGAACUUCUCAGGCACUCUCUUACUCGGUUUUCUCCAUAAGCCUGGCGCAGAAUCACACGGCUCCCAGCCAAGAUUCGCUAGUGUGUCGCGAUAUUUCUUGAACCAUGCUCGUGCUGCAUCCUUCAAGCCGUGUAGAGCUUUCUUGAGCUUCACGGUCUCACGUCCAUGCUUCUCCGCCCAGAUGGGUAGGAGACGACAGAAGGCAUCGCGAUCGGGUUCAGCACUGAGGGGCGCAGAAUCUAAAUCGAACGGGAUCGCGUAGUCCUGUUCUGACGCAGCAGAAGCCAGGGGCAACCGAACCUAUUAGCGGCGUGCGAAACUACGGGGGCAAAGGCGCUUAGCUCUCCUGAUCGGUCUAGAUUACCGAGGACACAGGCGCGAGCCUUGUAUCUUCCACGUCUUUUAAUAGUUAGAAUUGUGGCAAUUGGUAGAGCCCGUCGCGCGGUCGCAAGCUCCUCGCCAGAAGGCAGAAGCUGCUUUCCACGUUUCAAGGGCUAGCAGUCUCGCGCGCUCUUUCUCAAUAACCUCCCGCCACUUAUCGGCAUCGGGGGACUCGAGUGCUUGGGCAGCGGAUGAAAUCGCAUAUGAUUCAGCGAAUUCCUCACCUUCGUCGAGUUCACACAUGCCACCAACUGCACUAGCGAACAGCGCCGCACUCUUUCCCAGUUCUUCUACUUGUUUCGUUGUUCUUCGGGCCUUGCUGCCUGCCUUGUCCUUGGCUCCUUUUGGUCGGCCACGCUUCUUGCCGUGUGUAUGGCGUUCGCCUGCCACAGCACGCGCUGGAGAAGGUGCCCUCAACCUAGACGGACUAAGCGGCGCAGAUGUCUCGCGAUCCUUCGCUUCAGCUUUCCCCUCCUCAGGUGGGACACCUGUAGGAGAGUCAGCCGCGUCGGAUUCCUCUACUUUAUCCAGUGUCUCAGUAGACAACUCUUCGGGAAUUCCGGCCGGUCCACCUGGAAUGUGCUCCGUGCCAGAGAACCCCGACUGAUGGCCCAGCCUUAGCUCUGACUGUCCAAGCAAGGGGGAGCCCAGCGACGGCGCGCCACUCUGCAGAUUUUCCAGCUCGUCGCACUCUAUGUAGAUGCCCUUCUUAUCUCGCAAAAGCCAAUCAGUAUUCUUUAUUAGAUAUUCCUCCCUGGACUUUACAUCUCGGGUAGAGUAUUCCGCCCAUCGAUGUCCAAGCUUGCCACGAUCGUCAUGGGCGAAAGUCCCAACCAACCAACCAGACGACUUCGGACAGAGUCCAAGGAAGACGCCACGGCGGUACUUGGCCGAGAGCUUGGGUUCAGGGGUGUUGGCUUGAAGUUGUUCACGAAGGUAAACUGGGCAACCAAAUCGGCGGAGCAUGCCGAUUGAACUCUUCGACGAGUUUCUACCGGUCCCUUCUUCCACGAUUUCAGUUGGACUCUUUCCAUCAUAUUGAGGCACUUUUGCGCAAUUAUGCGGCAAACGGUCCCAGCAGUCACCAGCGUACUCGACGCAGUAAUGUAACGCCAGAGGCGCUUAUCAACUUUAGUCAGCAUUGUGCGAACACUGCCGAACAGAGUCCGCAUAAAACGUUCGCAGGCCCCAUCCGUUUCCGGAUUAUAAGGAGCAGCCGGACUGUCUGAGACUCGCAGCGAUUGCAUAACUUUGGCCAUGUCGUCACUGCUCAGGGCAGGCUCUCCAUCUCUCCGGAGGAACCGCACGGCCUUGCCGUCAAGAGAUAAGGAGUAGCCUGGGCGAAUGCCUUUGGUCACUUCUUCUACUGUACUUCCUCCACGCAGUCACUUUUCAGCUUAAGCGGUCGACGAAGCACCUUCUUAAGUACAUCACAGAUAGCCACUAAUAUGCAUCUCGUCGAUCUAACUGAUACGGGUCUGAAUCCAGCAGCAAAGUCGAUAGCUAACAACUUCAGCGGUUCCGGUUUGUAGUUCGAAGCUUCUCGAGCUUUUGCAUGUGGUGCGCGUUGGCCUUUAUAUAGAUCGCACUCAGGACAAUUUACCUGGGGGCCAUCUAUAUGAAAGCGCCCGCGCCUUCUAUGAAGUUCGAGUCUUGUAAGAUGACAGCUACUGACUCCUUCUUCUGUUCUUCUACUGUUGAACAAAUGCAACCGCUACCAGUCUCUUCUUUGAAUAAGUUGCGCGCAAGUGUGGGAAGCUGCAGGCGUGGGCGGCUUCUUAUGGGUAUGGCUUGGCUGGUGUCCGUAUGCACGAGGCAACCGCCAACGCCUUUGAAGUUGGGCUCCCAUCCUAAUUGCGAGCAGUUCCCUUCACCUAGCCAAGGCGUGGCGCGAUCUAUAUCCUUUGGCGGUGAAUCAUAAUAAGCACCAUGCUGGAUCCCUAAGGUGUUUGAUCCAUCUCAAUCUUCCUACUUUUCCAUCUUUACUUCCAGCGCUACCAGUAAUUCUACCAAUUCUCGUAGUUAUAUCAAUAGAGUCGCCUUUGUGUCUUGAAUAAAGAUACUUAUUUGCACAACUAUCAACCGAGCUGACUUCGUCUCUUGCAGCAAUGGAGCUAGUUGAAAGACUACGCCCCAUCAGUUUUACUCCCCUAGACUUAUCUAUAUCUAUUGCGUCUCCAGCUUCACCCUCAUCAUCAUCCAAAUUCAGCGAGCAAAAACCCCCUCUCCACUGGUUCCGCGUCUCAGCUCUGCUCUGCGACAUUUUGACUUUUGACGGAUUGCGUCCUCCCGGGUGGUAACUCCGUUAGGAAUACCAUGAGGAGCUGCCGGCGCGCCAACGAACUACAUUCGUGUAGUUUUGAAGCAGGCUGAGGCGGCUCGCUUCCUGACGUGUGGCGCGCUGCCAUUCCCGCCAGUCGGACCUCUGUCCGAGUUUCUUCGAAAUUUCUUUCGUAUCGCAGGACAUUUUGAAAAGCUGUUUCUAGAUGGGUCGUUACUCUAUACUAAGCUCAAGGGCCAAGCUAGUGCUGGACCAUUCGAACGCAGACUGAUAGGCCACAUGUAGUUUCUCGGUGAGAAGCGCCUGAGUUUGAUACAGAUUGCACUUACUUACAGCCUGAGACUAAGGGCCUCGGACUGGUUUGGUCCUUGAGGAUAUUCAUUGGGGUUGCAAGGGAGGAAGUCUCAGCUUCUUCGUUGGGAUAUCAUAAUGGGGAAUGUUGCACGUGCUUCGUAUGUUAUGGGAACGCCUAUGCUAUCAUCAUUGAUUUCGUACGAUCAUCCUACAUCGUUACUCAUCAUUGGCCAGAACUGGCAAACAGUUCAGUAUGGACCUGGUUACAGCUAUGAAGAUUCGCCAUUUCUGCUAUCUGAAUGCGCUGGAGGUCUUUUGUCUGUUGAUCGUUGACUUUGGAACCAUAUGCUUUUAGGUCUGCCUCUGUGGGUUUCCUUGAGAUCUUUCCGGUGGUGCUUUGUCCUUGACUGUGUUGAGAGACUUGAAACGACAAACGAGAGAGAGGAGAAGCCAGAGACACCCGCGCGACGGUAAACCCGUCGGGCGUUGGAUGGUGCUCCGGUAGCUUUUUGCUUGGCGAUCUUGGUCAUUUCGUUGGUCUUUGUCUUUUGGAUCUUGGUGGAUCUUUGUGAUAUUUCCAGGGAUUACGAUCUUGGUCAACAUAUCUAGCUGUAGACUUUUUUUCAUCUACAACUUCGCCUGUGCCUGUAGAUAUUGAUGUAUAUAUCUGAUGAUAUCGAUAUGACGACCAGAAGUCAGAGCUUGCACGUUUGAACAAAUAUUCUAAUGAAUCUCCUUUGUCAUUCUCAGCGAGUCUCCUAGUUGCGGAGCGGCCUCCUGUAGUAGAUGACACAGCUGACGCUAUCCGGACAGCUGUAAAGCUAAUCUUUCCAUUGGGUUUGGGUGACCAGUCGUGGGGGUUGAUGAGACCCAAGGACAAGUUAGCUUCUCACAUCGUAGACUACAUCCUGAAGUCAUAUGACGCGUUUAAAAAGCAUAUCACGCCGCCCAACGAAAAUUCACCGCGGAAACUUCCUGGAGAUGUUAUGAUGUGAGUGUGCAUGGUUUGGGUUUCCUUGUCGUGAUUUGGGGUAGUCAAGGAUAGCGCUUAAACGCAAGACUCAGCUAAGUUUUAACUUUCCAAGAAAACCAAAAGGCCUUUCCCUUCGUGCCAGAGUUCUUUGCUUACUAAGUCCGUAACUGGUUAGGAAGGCCGUUCGCCUAUGAAAUCGCUUCUGCGCUUCUCACUCGAUUGGCCCUAAAUCUGGGGGGUUGUGGCAGUUGUGUCCUGCUGUGGCCUAGGUUGUGGGCGUUGUGUCCUGAGUUGUGGGCGUUGUGUCCUGAGUUGUGGGAGUUGUGUCCUGAGUUGUGGGAGUAGUUGUGUCCUAAGUUGUGGCGAGUUGUGGAAGUUGUGGGCUAAGUUUUACGCAGCAGCCUUAUCGCACUUUUAUAACUCUUUGGCCGUUCGAAUUUGAACGCCAUUGCCAUAAGACUCCGAAGAAUAGCGCGGGCUUUAUGGUGUUCAAAUUCGAACAGCCUGAGAGUGGGGCCGGGCCGUUUCGUAUGCUUUCCGUCUGCGCACAACUCGCCACAGCUUUCGCGACUAACUUUCACAACUUAGAAAGCAGCCGCCUCAACUUAGGCCACAGCUUCCACAACUCCCACAACCCAGGGCGCAACUUCCACAACUUUCCGCAGCUUAAAAAUAGUGAGAAAUAGAGUGGAGCGCUUUCGUAGGGUUUUGGUUUUUCUAAGCUGGUUGAUCAAUUUGCUGAAAAUUGUUUGUCCUCUAGUUGUUUCUCAAAGUUUACACUUGCAACUCAGUGCUAGUUCAGAUGCUUUGCGCUUCUAUUUGUUUUCAGUAGUAUAGCCCCGCGCGAGGCUUCGUGUUCGUCGUGACGUAACUCUAUGACGCCAGUAGGCAGUCUGCGUAGUGCUUUGUGCGGGGCAAAUUGUAUUGCGUUGUAUUGUAUUGUAUUGUAUAUGUAUUGUAUUGUAUUGGGGCAAGCUCGCCCAGAAAAGGCAGAGCGCCCUCAGACGUUUUUCAGCCUGCUGCGUCUGUAUAAAAAUAAGGGAGCGCUUGCUUUCUCAUUUUCCAGGGCUAACUCCAUGGACGAUGUUUCUCACAAUGUCAAUGUUCGCAAACGCAAAGCUAUUCCCCACCGAUCGUCUAAUUUGUAAAAAUAUUACCAACACACAAGGACAUAGCUUAACUUCCUUGAGUCAGCUAAAGUCUACUAAGUUACCUCAAGUAGAGCAAAACAUAUUACCAACGUGAGCGUGAUCCCCUCGCCCUCGAUAACUAAGAUUUCUAAUGAGCUCGAAAAAUAUCUGGACGCAGUGCUGUCUGCGACAACAGAGAUCUCUGAAAGUAGUAUGCAAAAGCGUCCUUUACGCGAGAUCUUGAGGACCGAUAUAUUUCCUAAGGCAAGCAGAAUGGCUCUCGAGGAAGAUGCACCAGAGUACAAGACGUGGAGAGAAAAAUGGUGAGUAUAAAUAUAUUCUGAUUCAGCACUUCGUAGCGACUUUCUGCUUCUUCGACUUAUCCACAAACACAAUCAAUUUUAUCCUUUCGUGGUGAACGUUUAAUAUCAUUGAUUUCAUCAUUAGAGACGUCUCGGUCGCUGUCGCGUUUAGGAACUAUGCCACAAACUGAACCAUAUCCAGGACACGAACAACUACGAGCUCGGGCAGAAGCGAAGCAUGGGGGACUGCAUUGGGGCGUGAGUCGCUGAUGAACAUGAAAGACAAUGGGUCUCUGCCAAGCUUUAUCGAUCGAACUGCGAAGACGGCAUAGUAUUUUUUCGCGUCGUCGGUCCUAUUCGUAUUCCCUAUCACUUCUAGGGAUUUGCAUCCGAUUAUGCGCCUGCACAGUUUCUGGUUCGUGGAUGCUUCUCCUUUGUGGCGAGGCAGAGGCAUAAUUAUUUCCUUUCCCAUCAUCAACAUCAUAUACCAAGACAAAAAAUUAUGCAUCAUAAUUCAUCAUCAUGCUUACUUACACUUACGGACCAGAUGAACUUACAGACACCACAAAAGAACAAAAUCAUCCAUCUUUUUUUCUCAGCGACGAAAUUUCACCUAGCGAUGCCGCAGAGGCCGCUGGUGUGACGGCUACCACUUCUGGAGCAGCUCUAUCCACGGCGCACUAUGACACGAUGGCUGUCGUGCAGUUUUUUAAGGGUCACCAUAUUACUACAAUGCUUCAGCGUUCUCUCGUAGCAGGAGCAUCUUCUGCAUUAGAAAAUUAAUAGGUCAAGGACUACUUUUCAAGAUGAACUUCAAGGAGAGUAAUUCCACAAACUCUAAGAUUUGUAGCUUUACGUUUAUCGUGGGUUUGCUUUUGGGCUGGUUUCUGCGCCGCUGGUACCGCGAGACUCGUGGGCACCUGGUGAAUCAGGCGCCGGAUUUGCCGAAGUACGGAUCCACCGACGACGUGGUGGAGGGCGAUGGCGGUGUCGAGGAACAAGAAUGCUAGAUUUUGAAAAUCUUGCAUUUUUGUUGAUUUUAGGAUUAGUAGAAAUAGAAUUACUACUAUUUCUAUUUCUUGUUCAUCUUGGUCUACAAGAACAGUCAUGUUUAUUGUAGGUCUAGGUGUACUAGAAGUAGUUUUAGUAGUUGUUGAGCUUGAGGCGAAGCCGAAGCUCUCUGUUUUAUACUUGUUCUGAGUAAUAGUGCCAUUAACUAGUUGUACUUGGAACAUAGAAGUAGAAAGAUGGAAUAUUGGAACAAUACAAGAACUUGAUCAUGAAAAGUUGCGAAGUAAUCAACCAAAAACUAAAGAAGAACCUCGACCACCUUCUAUUUCGAUUUUCUUCAGACUCGUCUCCAUGUUCUUGCUCACGAUAAGGUCCAGAGUGUUAUUUAUGCAGCAACAGCAUCGUGAAAAAAAGCCAGGUUCUCUCGACAAAUGUUCGUAUCCAUUUGCUGAUCAGUAUUUUCUCUUGUCUUCGUCAUUACAUUUGCAAAUAGAAGCAUUACAAGAUCUUAUACAACUUCAAACCAGUGAACUCAAACUCAACUCCAUCAGUUUCCAUCUCGUAUGUCUUCAACAAUGAUAGAUAAGGAAGUGUUCAUCUUCUUGCUGCAAUGUAGUCCGAACUUCUCGUCUAGUUUAUUUAGAAUUUCAACAACGACUACUAUUAGCUUCUGUUUCUUCAGUUACGACCUCCUGCUCCUGCUACUAGAAUGAGCCUCAUCAAUCUUCGUCAGUUAUUUGCCACUAGAAUGAGUCUGAUAUUAGUACAGAAUCCACGUGAAUAAAAUCUAUUCAGCAACAACACAAGAAUCACAACUAGUACAGAAAUGCGUUUAAGGACAACAUCAGUUGCAAAGUAUUUGUUGAACAGUAGAAGUUACAAACACGGACCAACUUGUAAGAAUAACAGGACCAACUUCAUCAUCAACGUGAUCGGACCGACCUCCCUACAAAUAAGAACUCCGAAUAUCGCUUUCCACUAGCAGCAGUGACAUCAAUUCUAUUUCAUUACUGAUCUUAGAAAGUUAGUCCUACUUAGGUUCAUCUUAAUAUAUUUCAUUCUCAAUCUUCAUCACUUUGUUUCUCUUUCAGUUCCUACUAGAAAACCUAUGAUCCAUCAUGAUCAUACGACUUGAUCUACCUCCAACAGCAUUUUCCUCCUAGUUGUUGACCAAAAAACUCAUACCUCCUUACUGUACUCUCUCCAAAGUGAACUUCCGACGAAAAUCAAAGACUUGCUCCUUACUGUACUCUCUCCAAGAAAAUCAAAUGCCAACAAGAAUCUUGUGCUUGUAGUUGCCUACAACAAUGUUUAAUAGAGGACCACCCUAGUUUAUUUCUUCCAGCGCCUGCAAGAU